AUGGUCGACAAUCAGCCCACCUCGGAGACCUACUACCAGGCCUUUCGCGUCCCAGACGAAAGAGAACCCGUCCAGAUUCCUGCUGUCCUUCACCCGACUCUGAAGGAACUCUAUGUCCUCUGGUCUGAUAUCUCCAACUGUUUUCCGCAGGCAACGCGAGUCCAAUUCAAGAAUGUUUACGUGCCCAUGCUGAAAGAUGCUCGUCUCUGCAGGGCCAAGCCGCAUGGGAUCAGAUACCACCCCGAGAUCGUGCUGGAUAUCACCUACGGAGAGCAGGGUUCCAAGAAAACCAACAAACGCAGGAGCAGCAGUGCCAUAUAG